AAGAGUUGGACGCUUAAGGGACUGAGCUACCCAGGCACCCCAAUGCUAAUAGCCCUUCUAAUUGUGACAACAAAAAUGUCCUAAACGGAGGGGUUGCAAAUCACCUGAGGUUGAAAACGUCUGAUCUGGAAUGUUCCCAUGCUUUUAAAGAGACAGUUGUGGGAGGUGGGGUUAUGGCUAAUGCCUACGGCACCCCUCCUCUCCCCCUUCCUGCAUUCAGGAUGGGAGGUUGGCUUCUUCUCAAAGCCAGGGAGAUCCCUGUUUGUUCAGCCUGCUCGGCUUUGAGAGUUUGGUUGGAAAUGAGCGGUUCGGGAGUACUUCGGCCAGCCAGCAAGGAGAAUCCUGGCGUCCUUGAGUUUUCCCAAAAGCGGUUCGGGUUUCAGGGAGGCGGCGGCCGUGGGUGGCCAGGCAGCCUGCCUGCCCGCCUGCCCGCACCCGCCCACCCGCCUCUGCCUGCCGCCUUGAGCUUUGCACCGGGGCCUCGCCCUCCCACUCGCGCAGAAUGUCAGGCAGUGCGUGUUGCCCGGGCCGCGGUGCCGCCUGGAACCCGGGGGCCGCGGGCCAGGGAGCCGCCCGCGCAGCGGCUGGGAGCUGAGGCUGGCGGCGGGCCGCAGCAACUCUGGGGCUGCAGCAGGACGCGGGCAUGCCCCUGCCCUCGAGCAGGCUGGCCACCUGGCGCCCCGCCGAGCCUGGGGACGCCAGCGCAGGGGGGCAGCCUCUCCUCCGAGGUUCCGGGCGUGGAGAGGCCGAGACCCGGGAGUGCAUUUACUACAACGCCAACUGGGAGCUGGAGCGCACCAACCAGAGCGGCCUGGAGCGCUGCGAGGGCGAGCAGGACAAGCGGCUGCACUGCUACGCCUCCUGGCGCAACAGCUCGGGCACCAUCGAGCUCGUCAAGAAGGGCUGCUGGCUGGACGACUUCAACUGCUAUGACAGGCAGGAGUGUGUGGCCACCGAGGAGAACCCCCAGGUGUACUUCUGCUGCUGUGAAGGCAACUUCUGCAACGAGCGCUUCACCCACUUGCCAGAGGCUGGGGGCCCAGAAGUCACGUACGAGCCACCCCCGACAGCCCCCACCCUGCUCACGGUGCUGGCCUACUCGCUGCUGCCCAUUGGGGGCCUCUCCCUCAUCGUCUUGCUGGCCUUCUGGAUGUACCGGCAUCGCAAGCCCCCCUACGGCCACGUGGACAUCCACGAGGACCCUGGGCCUCCACCUCCGUCCCCUCUGGUGGGCCUGAAGCCACUGCAGCUGCUGGAGAUCAAGGCCCGGGGGCGCUUUGGUUGUGUCUGGAAGGCACAACUCAUGAAUGACUUUGUGGCUGUCAAGAUCUUCCCGCUCCAGGACAAGCAGUCAUGGCAGAGCGAACGGGAGAUCUUCAGCACACCCGGCAUGAAGCAUGAGAACCUGCUGCAGUUCAUCGCCGCCGAGAAGCGAGGCUCCAGCCUUGAGGUGGAGCUGUGGCUCAUCACAGCUUUCCAUGACAAGGGCUCCCUCACGGAUUACCUCAAGGGGAACAUCAUCACGUGGAACGAACUGUGUCACGUGGCAGAGACCAUGUCAAGAGGCCUCUCAUACCUUCACGAGGAUGUGCCCUGGUGCCGUGGCGAGGGCCACAAGCCGUCUAUUGCCCACAGGGACUUUAAAAGCAAGAAUGUAUUGCUCAAGAGCGACCUCACAGCCGUGCUGGCUGACUUUGGUCUGGCUGUUCGGUUUGAGCCAGGGAAACCGCCGGGGGACACUCAUGGGCAGGUGGGCACGCGGCGUUACAUGGCCCCUGAGGUGCUUGAGGGAGCCAUCAACUUCCAGAGAGAUGCCUUCCUGCGCAUCGACAUGUAUGCCAUGGGGCUGGUGCUGUGGGAGCUUGUGUCCCGCUGCAAGGCCGCGGACGGACCCGUGGACGAGUACAUGCUGCCCUUUGAGGAAGAGAUCGGCCAGCACCCGUCACUGGAGGAGCUGCAGGAGGUGGUCGUGCACAAGAAGAUGCGGCCCGCCAUUAAGGAUCACUGGCUGAAGCACCCGGGCCUGGCCCAGCUCUGUGUAACCAUCGAGGAGUGCUGGGACCACGACGCGGAGGCUCGCCUGUCUGCGGGCUGCGUGGAGGAGCGCGUGUCCCUGAUCCGGAGGUCAGUCAACGGCACUACCUCGGACUGUCUUGUCUCCCUGGUGACCUCCGUCACCAACGUGGACCUGCCCCCUAAGGAGUCGAGCAUCUAAGCCCAGGACACGAGUGGAUCUGAAGAGGAAAGGAAAAAAAAGUUGUGUUUUGUUUUGGAAAUCCCGUAACACCAACAAACACAUAAAAUGCAGCUGCUAUUUUACCUUGACUUUUUAUUAUUAUUAUAAUUAUUAUAAUUAUUAUUAUUAAUAUUAUUUUUGGGAUUGGAUCAGUUUUUACCAGCACAUUGCUCUACUGUAUCGCAAACAGCGGGCACGUCAGCAGGCGUUGAGGUGCUGAGCUGUGAAUGCAGAACCAGCGCCAUGCUGAAGAGCCUCAGCCACCUCCUGUCCCUUGGGGUUCAUUUUUCCCGCUUUCUCUUUGUCUGUUGUCUCAGAAUCUGUGACACAAAGAAACCCAUCUCCUGUCUUAGGAAACUUAAUGCUGCAAACUCUACCUGGAGGAACCUUUGAAGACUGUUACAUAAGAACACACCUUCCUCCGAGGAGGACUCUCCCCCUGCCCUCACCCCCUUCUCCGCUCCCUUUUAUUGUUUCUCUCCCUUUUUAGACAGUGAGUUUAAGAAACAGCAGACGUGUCUUUCACGGAUUAACGGGUGUUGCCCUGACCGAGGCGGAGCUGGGCUGAGGAUGCGGAUGGUUUGGACCGGAGUUGGCAGGGGAGGGCGGAGCUGGGGAUGGGGUUUGGAGCAGAGCCACACUGGACUCGGGCACACCCGGAGCAACAUCCUUUGCUAGGAGGCUGCUUCUCAGGUAACCAGGAAUCGAGGGGAAGGACCGUGUGGAGGCCGCGCGCUCACGGCCAGAGCGGGGUCUGGAGAAAGCCCGAGAGCGGGUGCGGCUCUGCCCCGUUUUCUCCCCCUGCCUCGGGCUGGGGCGCUGGACAAAACAUUUUCUCUGCCCUAAUUUUAAGGUUAGGUGAGGGUAGAAAUCCUCAUGCUUCAGUGACUACGUUCUUCUCGAGACGAUGCUGUAAAUACGUGUAAUGGAGGAAGAAGUUAAAACCCAUGGCUUCCUCCCGGAACAGUUCAGGGAAAUGCCCACGGGGCGCCCCGCACAGCCAGGGCGAGAAGAUUCCCUGGGUGGGGCUGCCACCUGAGAGUCCUGCGGCGCUGGCUCUGCCCUGUGUGGUGACACUGCUGUCCCUUUACGUGGCUCGUGCGCACGGCUUUCUCCAGACCCCUCGAAGAGGUGCAUAUUCUAAGAACCGUUUCUCUAUUAUGCCAUAACCUUGCUCUAGUCAGUGAAUGUUCCUAAUGCUGCUGUUUCAACAUUUGAAUUUUUUUAAUUUAUGAAACAUGCAAAUUUUUUUAAAAACGAAACACACGUCCGCAUAUACACACAUGCUUUGCUAUGUGGCUUCCGAGGUUUAAAUUUUGAAAAGUAAAAAGAAUGAAAACUUCACGACCACAGACCACCUCAAACCAGAAAUACCUCAGAAUUUUCUACUUGUGUAAGUUUUAUUAUAUAUUUUAUUAGUUGUGUUGUCUCGUAGUAAGUAUAUUUUAAUGUAAGUUGGCUUUUAUGACAAGGAAGUUUGAAAGAAAUAGAGAAAAAGAAAAAAAAGUUUGAGUCUUCUAGGGAGUGCUACCAUUUUUGUUUGAUAACGCCCUCUUGUAAAUAAUUGUCAUCAACUGUCGGUUGGCCGUCUGGGCCGUGUGGGCAUUCGUCACUCUUGUUUGCGAAGGCUUUUCCCUCUGGUUUCUUGAGACUUUUGAUUAAAAACUGGAUCUUUUUCAUCCGGAGGGUAGGCGAGUUGGUGAGGUUUUGGGGAGAGGUUGACUGGGGUGAGAAUGGGAGAGGGGUUGCCUCCUCUUGACUGACUUGGAGGUUCACAUCUUUCCCUCGACCCGAUUGGUCAGUGUUCAGAAUGACAGGUAACCCCACUUUCACUUGGUCAGACCGUGGCCCUUAGACCCGCUUGAGGUAAUUUUCCUUGGGCGGCAGUGAUAGCGGAGGGGGCGGGCAGCACCGCGGCGACUCGGGGCGGCCUGUGACGGAGCAGCGUGUCCAGAGUGGUGAGUCCUCGCUGCGGCCUGGGGUCGCGGUCUGAGAGCACACGCUCCCCACUCUGCACGCCGUGUGCCUCUGGGGCCUGCCGCUUGGCCGUGUCCUUUGCUCUGCGUGUUUGGGCACAGGGUGCUGUGGGAGGUGACUUUGUGGCCCUCCCAGAGCUCUGUUUUUGCUUCAUGGGCCAGGCUGUGAGCUGGCCAAGGUGGUUACAGGGACAGGUCUUUUGUCGUCGUUGUUGCUGUUGGGUUUUUUUUUUUUUUUUUUUUUUUGGUAAGCUGUGUUGUCUUUUUUUCUUCUUCUUCUUCUUCUUCUUCUUUUUCUUAUUUUCUUUUUCUUUCUUUUUUUUCUUUAAAAACUAUUUUGUGCUGUGGUAUUUUUCUUCCCUCGGAAUAAUUUUUAACAGCAAAACCGGCCUUACAGCAGUUGCUUUUCUUUUCCACUUAUUUCUUUAAAAAGCUUUAAAUAUUUAUUGAAAAGUGCCAUAUCUAAUUUCUUUAGCUUUCACCUCAGGCAGUGCGUCUCUACUUUUCCGGCAUCUGCUUUUCACCCUCAGAAACCAACAAACCGCUAACGUAUGUAGCUGAUUCACUCAUUCUGGCCAGUGUGGGACACGAAACCCCUGCCUCUCCGUUUGUUUUCAGAUUUUGUCUGGGUGAGUUUUCUUUCGUGUACCGGCUUGAUCCUUGUAAGAACCAGUUUGGGCCUGGCCGUGAAGGGUUGGGCCGUGGCCAGGUGUGGGACCUGCUGGUCAGGACGCAGUACAGACAGGGCAGGCCUUCCUGUUGGCCUACAGGCCUUUUAUCUGGGUGGGCCCCCUCUUUGCUGACCCUGGGCUCCGCUGCCGUGGUGGCUUUGGGGUCCUGGCACCAGAGUGAAGUGUCGAGAUGGUUCCUGUGGGGGGGGGGUCUCGGGGGACCAGUUCUUCGGCCUUCAGGCUGCCUUUCCCUCGUGCUGUGUCGUAAAACGUACCCAUCAGGCAGUAUCCCUGACUGCUGCCGAUGGCAGAAGAAGAAAAAAGAUCUUUUUCCGGGGACGCCCCUCGGAGCCUGGGUGGGUCUUUUGCCUCAGAUAAAGUGUCUGCUGUCAUGUAUCCUUUGGGGAGCGAACCACUUAGAGCUCUGGUUUGUGUUUAUCGGGUUGCAGGGCCUCUGCCUGUGCUCUUUUCCACAAAGAUGUCACGCAAUGUCCACUUCUGGGGAGCUCAGAGAACCACUCCCCCUCACCCCCCGAGCUCUUGUGGAGACUGGGGGGAAUGGAGUCUGGCAUCAUUUUCCCUGUCUGUGGGAGAGGCUGCCCCAUCUAGGGUGGGAGGGUGGCCAAGUCAGGGGAGAGAAGUGGCCAAAGAUCCUUGCUCCUUCCUUUCUGGUGUUCUUGCAUCCACACAGGCUCCUGGCUGUAGGCUGCUCUUUGGGGGAGAGUGUAUUAUUCGAAAGCACACAUGAUGACUGGGAAGACAUCCUGAGCCAGAGAAAUACGGGAAUGAGCAAGAGGAGGAGGAAGCAAGGGGUGGGGGUGGGGGGGGGGGACAGAAGCCACUGUGUCACAGUGUCCUGCAAAGAACUCUUAAUGAUGGGCCAGGAGAGGCCCUGGACACAGUCCUUAGGGACUAGCACCAUCCAGGUUUUCUCCUGGGACCAUUGGUCCCUCACAGGAGUCCUUCGAGGGAGCUACUCUGUGAGGGCUGUAGGUGGAGCCUUCUCGGGAGGAAGGGAGGCGGGCUGUCAAGGCAAGUGGUGAGCAUCUCCGGCCUUCGUUGUUUGGCAUGGCUUUCUUGUCCCAUUGGUUCUGUAGGUGUAGUGCCUGGAGCGAUCAAUGCUGCCUGGGGAGGGGAUCCCCGCGUGUGCUGGCUGUGUCUGACCCAGAAUUCCUCCUGUCUAGACUUGGGCACGUGUGUAGGACAAUAGAGGUCUUGUCCAGCUCAGAACAUCUUCAGGUGGCUUGAGCCUCCUGCUGAUGUAUUCUCAGCCCAGUGAAGGAUCUGUCCUCUCCAGGCCACUGAGCUAGUUCCCUCCACUGCCCCUAGGGGCCAGGCCAUUCUUUUGUCAAGCUUGUCACGUCAUGUUUUAGAAAGCAAAGCAGGUGUUCCUGCAGUUCUGCGAGGUUACCUUUCUCUCCAGUUGCCAUGUUCUUGCUCCUUGCUAUCCCUACACUCUGCACUGAGCGCUUGGGCUGUGUGUGGGGGGUUUCUUUGGUGGGAAGCCCAGCUCUGUGUGUGUGCGUGCGUGUGUGUGUGCGUGUGCGUGCGUGUGUGCAUACUUGCUGUGUGUACAGCUCAGAAAGCCUGUCACGUGGUCCCUGUGCUCUGAGCCAUGAGGGUAGGGAGGCGGCUGUGCCAUCUGGAACGGGAGGACCGUGUGGCCCUCUUGCAAAUGGAAUUCUGCCUUUCUUAGGAUGCAGUGUAAAGUUCUCAGUACAUUGGUAAUAUAAGGAUUUGGUGGUUUUAGCAAUACAGUAAGCAUGUGUUAAGUUAUAUAAGGUUUUAGAAUGGGUACUAGAAGUCGAACAGCCAAGUGUUAUUCCUCAGAACUUGGCUCACUAGAUGAGUAUCUGAAUUGGAAACCAUUUCCCAGGAGUUAACUUCGUUUGAUCCUCAGUCUCAACUAUUUCAGUAGCCUGCUGGGUUCUUAAUGGCUCAUCUUUGGAAAGCUGGCCAGACCCAGUUCACAUUUCAAGGGCCUCCUAGACCACAUCUUUCCAAGAAGCACAGUCAAUUUACUCGUCGACACCCCUACCCCACCCCCCAUCCAGGGUGAGCAUCGAGAAAGGAAAGAGGGCAAAGUGGUUUUUCUUCUCAUUUGGGUGCCAUGAAUUCCUUGGUUAAUGGCUGUUUGUAAAAGCUGAACUAAUAAAAUAGUAGCUAAUCCGUGUUCAGCCUAGUAAUGACGAGUUUAAGUGUUUAUCAACGGUGAUGUUUUAGGUCAAGAAACGGGCCCAGUAAUGCAGCUGAUGAACUAUUUAUCUUCUCAGUCUAGAUCUAAUAAAUUCAGGGUUAUAUGCAUGGUUGUUUCAGUAAGAUUCCUGAUAGUUGAUUUGUAACCAGCAAUCCACCUAUGAAUGUAUCCCAAACCUUUAGAAGGCUUGGAAUAGUUUUUUAAGAUAACGAUUUAGUUUUGUAGCAAAAAGAAACUGAAGUUUAAGAUGCACCCCCCCCCCCCAUCCCCGCCUGGAAAUUAAUUCAGUUGACUCAGCUUCCUUUUGAAAACAGUGGGUCCAAGAGACCCAUAAACUCAGCAAAUAAAAUUCCAAAUUAUCUAGAGGGAUAUUUUGAAUCUUCCUAUUUUAUACUCAUUUUGGGUCCAUUGUAAACUUUGGUUUGGACACGAUUUUGAAUUUAAAGGAUUUACCACUGUUUAAAUUUUACCAAGCUUUUACAUUUUCGUGACUGUAUCUUCCAGGUGUGAAUGAAGCAGGACCUUUUGACUGUGGUCCUCCACGUAUCCCUGUAGUGCCAAAACCAGUGAUACUUUAUUUGCUCCUGUGGCAGCUUGCAGAGAUAAAUACAAGUGGUUUUUCCUCACAAAUUAAAGUGCAUCAUCUCUAAAUGCCAGUGUGUGGUGAAGGGCCCUGUGCCGCCCUUCCUCUCCGGGAGUGUCUGUGGACUGUCUGGGGCCUACGCAAUUCUGAGAACCACUGCAUGCCAACCACAGGACCCUAGAGAAGCAUAUGCUUGGGCACAUGUGUGUAUGCAGCGGAUUAUCCAGACGUGGGCCCUUCUGGACAUCUGUGGGAAAGUGUUACAUUUAUUUGCAAAGUUUACAUUUUUGAGCUCACAGUUAGGAGAAACAUGACCCAUUAUUAGCUAAUGCUUUUUAGGCAGGUGAGGAUGGGUUUGUGUUGGUUUUUUGGUUUUUGUGUGCGUGUUUUUGUUUUUGUUUUUGUUUUUACAGAUGGAUGAGUUCUGUCUCGAGUUCUGGGAACUUCUGCUGUUGGUUGGGCAUGGGAUCAUUCUCUGUUUCUCCCAAUCACAUUUGCAUCGGAAUGUUGUUAGGUAGCGUUGUAAAUAAAAGAAUAGGUUAUAUGAUAGAGAUAUGACACUUGAAAUUUUACUUUAAAAGAUCUAUAGCUCUACAUAUAUAUUUAGUUAUAUCACCUGACAGAUUCUUCUGCACAGUGUGGAGAUUGUUUUAUACCACAGAUUAUUUUUAUAAAGUCUAGUGAGUUUGAUGCGAAUGGUUUUGUAAUCAGAGUAAUGAGCUUUACCUUUCAGGAUAAAUAUACACUGGAGUGUGGGUGGUGCGGGGCUUUUACCUAGUGCUUGUAUGGACUCUCGUGAUACACUGGCAGAUGGGAGGCCAUUCGCUGGGUCUUGUUUGGCUAAAACCCCGCUUGGGGCUGUGUGGGACGGUGAUGCUUUGGCUCAGCUCCCUGCAGAUUGGGAGGCGAGAGCCUGUGGUAUGUUUUACAUUUGUGCUUCCUCCUGAGAUACCUUCUGAACAAAGGGUUCUGGGAUUAGAAAUUAGUUUGUGCGUUCCUGCCGUCGGAUGUAGUCAGUCGUAUGAGGGUGUUUUGAGGGACAGAAAUUAUAUGGGAGUGCAGAUUGGGGCGGGUUGGGACGAAUAAGGUUCAGGCUAUAAACAUUUGAAAUGAGAGUUUGGGGAUUUGAGUACUCCACAACACUGAAUUAUGCAGGACCAAAUUACCCAGUUUUUAAGACGGAAUUUCCAGUUUAGUAACUACUCAGAAAAGGAGGGUGUUGUGUGGAUGCAGCGAUCGAGUUAAAUGGGGAGCUGCCAGGCACGUUGUGUCCUCUCUGGUCGGGGCCUCCUGGACGUGAGAGUGCUUGGGGCAGCUCCCUGCUUUCAUCAAGCGAGUCACAGCCAGGAGCCCUCCGAGGAAGCUCAGAGCCCCGUACCAGAGGGCACCUUCUAGCUGUCACUUAGCCCUUCUGCUCUUCCCGCAAAGGUCAGCACGACUGCCAUGGUUAUGGAUGGUGGUCUUCAUGUUAGCCUUUUUAUUUUGGGGUAGAAUGCGGGUGGUUAUUUGGGUGAGGCUUUUGACGGGGAUACAGGGAAGGUGAGCAAUGACGCUAAUCUUUGUAUCGUCACUGCCGCUUCUGAGGCUCAGCCGAAGGCCUGCUCCCCAGACCCACGCCGCUGUGCUCAGAAGUACAUGGAUUGGGACAGUUUUGUCAGGAGCGUCCCUAACGUGUCAUUUUAAACCAGCUGUGUUUUUAUUCAGUCUGGUUCAGAGUGAAGUUUUACACUCUACCCCUUUUCUACUCGGAAUAAGUUUAGGUUCAGCAGGUCCAGUAGCGCUCCAGGAACUAACCCAUCGCUCCUUUCCCUGCUCCCCAUGAAAGAACGUUUCUCUGUUCUCCAGCCACGCGUCUCGGAAUGUAAUUCUGUUGUGCCUUUGUUUUUGUCACCUGCCUCCCCCCAAAAGCAACUGCUGUAAGCUUUUUUCUACUUGUCUUUUCUAGCCCGAAACCCCACCUUUUUCCUUUUUCCCAGCUGUAAUUUCUGGAUGCAGUUCUGUGCUCCAGGUAUUGUAAGAACCAGUUACCUCAGACCUCAUGUUGAACAGUGUCACCAUCUGGGUCCUCUCGGUACUGCAGGCUUGUAACGUAACGCACGCAGGAACCCUGCCAAGUAUGGGCACUUACUUGUUUUAAAGUUAAACUCUUCCCAAGGACUGAAAGAGGGGCUUCUGGCAAGCUCCUCACUGUACUGUGGUGGGAUGGGUCUAGAGUGUCAUCUGAACGGUGCUUCCUGGGUUCCUCUUUGAAUUCUGCCAUUUUCAGUAUUCUUGUGUCUGCAUAGGCAAAGUGAUUCAAUUGGCUGGUCUUGCACACAAAUUAGUUCCAAAGAUGAGCUCUUUGUAACACAUUUCCAGUCAUUAAAACUCAAAUGUAGAACAUUCCUUUAAAUGGCAGGAUUAAAAAACCCACCAUCCACCACUGUGCAUUUUGGGAAGAUGUCUGUAGCAUAUGUUGCUGUGAAAUUAGGCCUUGCGGGAUAUGGCUGUUUGUCAUUUUGAUGUAUUUUAAAUAAAUAUAUAUAUAUAUAUUUUUAAAGAGCCUUUUUUACCAGUUCAAAAAGUUUAAUUAACCAGCAGUCACCACAUCUGAAUUUUUGUCUCUGGGGCAUAGAUGGCAGACCAAGAUUAAAAGUGGUAAUUCAGCCAUACGAGCGUGGGCUGCCUGCCUGGGCUGUCCUGCUGACCGUGGGAUGCCAAGGUCAGUGUGUUCCCAGCGGGUUCUGAUCAGCCCUCGAAGUGUUUGGUCUCUGCCCUGGUCAGCGGACUGUUGACUUCAGUCCCUGCAAGUGCUUUACUUUAGCCCAAGUGGGGUUUUCUCAGAGCACUGCCACAAGCUAAGUGUACGUUUAGCCAAAUAAUUUCUCCAUAAGGGAAAAAUGCGCUCAUUCAAACGUUACCAGCGAUGACAGAGGUGAGAGUAGGAAAGAUUAGACAACAUCUGGGUUUUGAUUUGGAAAGUGUCCAAGUCCCUGUCGAAGGCUGGCUGAGAGCCAGUGAUCAUACAGAGAGAUGCUUAGGAGACCCCACCUGGAAGUGUUCAGACCUCCUGUGAGUGGAGGGAUUGUUAAAACGCCAGCAGCUUUUUCCCCCCGUUUUUUUCCCUAGAAUUCUGUAAAAAUGCAAAGAAAAUUGAGUGGUACUUAAGAAUUGAGGGUGAGGGUUACCGCAGAAUAGAAGCAUACUUCUAGAUUUCAGUUCCAUGCCACAAAUCCACACAAUGCCAUUUUUCAACUGUACAAAAGAAUCUGCUUAUGAAUUUGACAUGAUCUUAACAGUAGCAUCAAAGGGCCGAAUUUUUCACCUGUUAAUAUUUUUUCACAUUUGUCCUUGAAUCUGAUAACUUCACAGUACUGUAAAUUUAACCUACAUUGAGUUUGAUGUCAAUUCUUGUGAAAAGAGCUUCUGCAUGUAACAGACACACAGUUAAAGAACACAGCAGAAUACAAGAUUUGCAGGACCAGUUUUGGAACCGACAGAAAAUGUCACCUCUCAUUUGCCAUCUUAUGUAUCAGUUUUACCAGCUACUUCUAAAUUUGUACAUUAUUUGUAAGGAAAAGAAGGAAAAUCCUAAGGACUUGUCUAACUUAGUGGAGAAUGUGUGUGUUGGGUUUAGGAUGGAUAGCAAAGUCUUACUGAGCUGUGUUAUCUAACUUGUAUAUAACAAUUGUAAUUAAAAGUUUGGAUUCACCUGUUUCUUGCAGUUUAAAACAAUGAAUAAUUACAAACUCUGGAAAUGUGACUAGUAUACAACUUAAGGCUGUAGAAGUGAGGAAGCUCUUCAAGUGCUAAAAAUAAAGAUUUCUAGUUUUUGGCUCAAAUUCAGUAAGUACUGUUUGUAUACCAGGAUAUGUGAGAUGUAAAUGUAAUAGGUCACUUUCACCCUUGUAGCUAUAAAAUAAAAAAUUUGUAGAACAGAAAUAGCUUGUACUACUGAAUUAACAAAAAGUUAUACUAAAGUAUCAUGUUUAAAAUACACACACACACACACACACACACACACACACACACACAGAGUUAAGCUUGUUGCUGUUACCCUGUCUGGAUUUGAAAAGUGUGCGGACUUAUAUAUAUACACACACAUAUAUAUAUAUAACACACACGCAUAUACACACGUAUAUAUAUUAUAUACAUGCACACAUCUAAAAUGGCCUAAAGCAGACAUCCAUGUAAUUACAGUUGCAAAAUGAAGACAUUUUGGAAAGAACAUUGUAUCAUAGUUCAUUCAUUUGCAGUGGAUCUUUGUUCCUUUUUACUGUGGUAAUUUUAGAAAUGAGUGUCAAGUUUGAAAUUAGAUCUGCUAAGUUGGGGUUUUGCUGCUUGAACUCUGCACUGGGUCCUCAAAUAAACCGAUGUGAAUGUAGUUUUUUCCCCCUGUGUGAAGAAGCAGCCACACCCCAACAGAAUAGGAGGAAAAAUCUAGAGCUAUUUCAAGUUUUAUCUUUUUGUAUAUGAAAAUAAAAUAAUAAUAAUUAAACUA